CUUAGAUCCUCGCCCUCUCCAUAGUACUCGCGCGAUGAGGAAGUGUAAGACUUCCCGCGUCCUUUCCUUUUCUUGUUAUCUCCUUUCCCUCAUCAACAUCAUCCUCCAUCGCAACACCUGCAAUGUCCAUCGUCCCUUCCAUGGGCCUCAAUGGAGAAAUCACCCCGUCCACCAAAUGCAAAUCCCUCCUCCCUCCUCUGGGCACACCAGAUCCGUCGCGAACACAUCCACCUCGUCAACCAGAUCGACACCCUCACGACCGACCUCGCCGUCGCUACUGACACCAUGGAUGAUCUUCAGCAAAAGAUUGAGACACUCACCCGCCAGAUGGAGGCCAAUACACAAUGUAUUGCCCGAUUCCAGGAGGAAUUCUUUCGACUGGAAAGCUGGAUGGACGGACAAUUUCAGACCAUACUCGCACAUAUCGACAACCUAAAGGCGCAUAAUGGGGACCUGGAGACAAGAAUUGCAGCCCUUGCGCUUGAGCACAUGCGCGGACAUGAGCCCAACCCUAUAAACACGGCAUCUCUCCGGCCGGUAGAACUGCAGACAAACUCGCCGGCCGGACAAUCCAUGGGCUUGGACAUCACAUGCGAGGUUGGCAUGUUCAAGCGUGUCCGAACACGUAGGAAUCUGGUGGACAUGGAUCAAAAUGCUGGUACUAGGACUAGACCUAACGAUAGUACAUGUUCAUCGUUUGGUCUCACUGACGCCGGCUUCCUGCAGAAUCCGUUCCCCGACUCCCAGGCUCGGAGAUCCUCGCACCCGACUCCAUGCCCACCCACGAGUCCUCGUCUCUACCCCCCCAGAGCCCGGAGGAUACCGUGUCCUUGCUCGCUGAGACGACGUCGAGUUCCUCUCAUUUUUCCGGAGACGCAGAGAGGACGCAUCAGGGCAGCCGAGACCAGACGGGUGAUGGCGGUUCCGACCAAGGGCUAGCAGCAUGGAAGAACUUGUUCGCGUGGGAUAAAAGCAAGCUUGCUGCUUCAUGGACUCAGGGCGAAAAUUUCUACAGGGAGCGGGCGGGCUCGAACCAUUCGGAUGAAGUUUUCAUACAGACUUUCUUGC